UAUGUAUUUUACUCGACCAGAUUAUUACUUUCUUCGACCAGCAACCUCGUACGAAAUGUCCGAGUUGUAUUAUCUUUAAAAAUGUUGCCGUAUUCUACGAAUAAUGGAAAUGUGUAAGGUCUUACUCUUUAAGCGCGUGUAACGUGUGCAAGUGUAUUGUUUCAGUAAUCAGCUGACCGGUACGGUGCGAUGUCGAUAUGUGCAAGUCGUUGUGUUUGCAAGCCCGAGCUUCUUGACAUACACAAUGGGUGUUUAUGGGCUUUGGCGUUUACUUGAUGCAACAGGAAAGGAAGUUCCUUUGCAUACACUGGAAGGAAAGGUCCUGGCUAUAGAUAUAUCCAUUUGGAUACAUCAGAUAUUACAAGGAUAUCAAGACCGCUUUGGCAACCCUAAGCCUAAUGCACAUCUUAUUGGACUAUUCUUUAGAAUAUGCAAGCUUUUGCAUUAUAAGAUCAAACCAGUUUUUGUUUUCGACGGGGGUGUACCGAUGCUUAAAAAGGAUACAAUUGCCUUGCGCAGGAAGCUGAAAUCUAUUGCCAAGAAUAAAGCCCAACAGAUGAGGAUAGAAUUAGUAAAUAACUUGAUAAAGCAUUCUGUAGUAAAAACGGUUCUUAAUAGAGACGAAGAAAAUGUUAAAAAAAAUUCUCCCGAGAAAGCAUUAAAUUUGCAAAAUAAGCAGGACAGGGACGAUAUGUUUAAAUUACCAAACUUGCCGAGCGCGAGCAAAACGGAAUCAAAUUAUAGCGACGAUUAUGAUUCCGAUUCGUCUGUUUGCUCGAGUCCACGGAAGCAAACAAAAUGGGCUGGAAAUAUUCACAAUGUAGAUGUGACUGGUAGUGAAUUUAAAGCCCUACCGGCCGAUGUUCGUUAUGAAAUUCUCACCGACUUGAAAGAAACGAGGAAGCAAAGCUCGUGGGGCCGUUUGCAUGAAAUGCCCGAGGAAACGCAUGAAUUCUCUGGAUUCCAAAUGAAACGUUUAUUGAAACGUAGAUUGGUUCAAACGAAUUUAGAAGCCGCGGAAAAAGAAAUGGGAGGAAAAACACUCACGUUGGACGAAUUAAAUAAAUUAUUGAUUGAACAGGGUAUAAAUACCAGUGAUCGGAAUUGCACGUAUCGCGUUGCCGCCGACAGUUCAACUAGAUUAAUUUAUAUUAGCGAUAAAAAUUCGUAUAUGAAGAGCAAUAAUAGCAACGAUGACAAUGAAAAUGCUCCCGCCAAUAAUGCAGACGAGAUGGAAGAACCUGUACCUGGUACUAGCAAACCUGUACCAAUUUGCGAAGAUAUAAACGAAUAUGAUUUCGAUGAUCAAUCGGACAGUGAUGAUUUCGAAAUAACCAAUACGAAUAAUUCAAAGUUAACGAUAGAAGAAAUGAGUAGCGAUUCUGAAUCGGAAAUAGAAUUGAACGAAUCACGACCUCUGUCGAAAAAGUAUUUCGGAAAAAAUACAUUUAAUCCUGCAUUAUUAUAUAUGCUGGAAUACAGCGGAUUGACGGAAAAACAAAUUCUUACGCUUCUUGAACAAAAUAAAAGGAACGAUCGUAAACGUAUCGAAUGCAUCCGGUUCCCGACGGAAUCGCAACAAUCUGAUUCUCUUAAAAUACAAGACUGCGAAAACAAAGAUGCGAAUGUAUCGCAUACGCGACAAAUAAUUUCGGCAUCCAAAGAUGAUAAAGAAUUUGCAGAUUCUGCAGAAUCGACGGAAUCGUUUUCUACGCCACAGACUGAAUUAUCCGAAUCAAACACAGAAUCGAAUAUGAACGUGUCGUCGUGGACGCCCGACGUGGUUUCAAAUGCUUCGAACAACCAACAAGAUAAAUCGAUAGAAACAACGGUAAUUAGUUCGGCGGAUUCGGAUUCGGAUUCCGAUUCGGAUUCCGAUGAUUUUGUGGAAAUAGAAGACGUACCGAUACCAAACGUGGAUAUCUAUGAUAAUAAAAAGAAUUCGAAUCAAGGUAUCCAAAUAACGUUUAGGUCUGAUCAGAAAAUGGAAGAUGAUAUAUUUGCCGACGUGUUUCGAACUCCAAACAGCGAAUUAAAUUCUGAUCAACGAACAUUAGAAGAUAAAGUUAUCCUAGAGGAACAAGUUGCACAAAUAUCAACAGAUGAAAUUGAAGAUGAACAAUUACCCGACACAAUGAAUAGCAAUGAUAUUGAAAUUGAGUCUAUAGAAAAUGAUGUCGCUAGCGAAGAUAAGAAUAUACAAUUGGAAGAAAAUGAAACGACAGUAGCGAACAGCAUAGAAUGUACAACUAAUGUUGAAACAAAUAGCGCAGAGAUUACAAAUAUACAAGAUGAUGCGAGUGUAGGUAUGUCUGCCAAUGAAUCGAGGAAAAUAAGUCCCCUACCCAUGGACGAGAACGAAUUGUUAUCUAUGAAAACGCGAUUAGAGAACGAGCAAACAGAAUUAACGGCAAACAUUGGUAAAUUAGAUAGACAAGGUACUGAUAUUUCGCAGCAAAUACGUAUCGAAACACAGGAACUGUUACGAUUAUUUGGUAUACCAUAUAUCGUGGCACCUAUGGAAGCGGAAGCGCAAUGCGCAUUCUUAGAACAAAUUCACCUGACCGAUGGUACAAUUACAGACGAUUCGGAUAUUUGGCUCUUUGGAGGGCAAUGCGUUUACAAAAAUUUUUUCAAUAACAAUAAGAAAGUGUUACAGUAUUGUUACAGCGACAUCGAGCAUCAUUUCAAAUUAACGCGAAACGAAAUGAUACGACUAGCACUUUUAGUUGGUAGCGAUUAUACGGCAGGUUUAACCGGAAUCGGACCUGUCACCGCAUUAGAAAUACUAGCAGCAUUCCCAUCGGAAGGAGAUGAUUUAUUGCAAAGUUUAACAAAGUUUUGUUCGUGGAUGGCUCGUGGUAGAGUCGCGGGUCCCGGAAAAGCUAGUCUACGGAAUAAAUUGCAAAAUAUAGAAAUUCAUAAAGGAUUCCCAAGCCAAGCCGUCGUACAAGCAUAUCUUUUUCCUGCGGUGGACGAAUCGAGAGAGGGUUUCACGUGGGGCAAACUCAACACGGUAGUUUUGUCAGAUUACACGAAAAGAAAAUUUGGCUGGACCAAAGAGAAAUUCGAGAAAAUUAUGUCGCCUCUAUUGAAAAGACUGGAGGAGAAAGAGAGUCAGAAAUUGAUAUCCGCGUAUUUUAAAGCGCAGACCGUCCCAAAAUCGAUCCAAGUGAAUUUGAGCAAACGAAUACAAAAAGCUGUGGAAAAAUUGAAGAAUCCGAAUGCAGAGGAAGAGUCCGAAAAUACAGAUAGCAUGGAACGAGAAAUUAAGAAAAUGAAAUACAAACCUGCUACUAAAAGUCGGAGGAAGAAGAAGAAGAAGAAGACGGAAUCGAUAAGCAAAUCAAAUCUAGCGGAUAGUCCCAAGUCUGAUGUUAUAAAUGUCACUGUCACUAGCGAUAAAUACGUCCAAGAAAUUAUACCGCAAAGAGAAAAGGAUAAAGCAGCCGCUUUGAAGAAGAAAUUAAAUGCGAUCGAAGUUUUUCGAAAAUCGAAACAAGGAUUGAACAAAACGAAAAAAGUGAAACGUUGCAUAAGGAAAGUAAAAAAAGAGGCUGGCCUUUCGGAAAGCGACAGUAGUUCGUAAUUGUGUAUCGUAAUGUAGAGCAAGUUACUAGCUAACAAGCACGCGUAUUAUAAAUCCUAGUGAAAUAUAUUAAUGAAUUUAACCAACAUCAACCCUCGUUCAGUCAGA